GCAUGUGAAGUGGAGAGAUGCUGAGGCUAUGAGGGUAGGCUUCACGCGGUGGUGGGUGGCGUGGCUGCUAGUGGCAGUACAGAGCUGCCUAGCGGUGGCCAAGAUGACUACACUCUCUAUUAGCAGACAACACCAAGGGGAUAUGUUCACCACCAAAGAUGUCCCUUGUUCCAACGAAGUGUGUGUGGGGCGCAGCAGUGGGACGGCCGCAGUGCUGCCUCAGUCUGCGACCUCGGUUUGUCCCUGUCAGUGUCUUCAGCAUCUUCCCGUCUUCAGGGAUGACAUGCAGAUCUGCGUCGAGGACAUUCAUGAAUGCCCCUUGGCAACGUUUCUGUCGGGCUCAACACACCAAAAGAUCCCCUUCGUGUUCCUGCCCCUCAAGGGCCAGAUCGUGUACCCUAGCGCCGAGAUCAGCUUCUCAGGAUCUGAGUCCCCAAUUUGUGUGGUAUCGGGGUCGCAGUUCCUGACUCCUCAUGGCUGGGCGGAUCUACGUAGUCGUAAUGGCUCAGAAUCUGAGCCUCCUUUUCGUCUGUACCGGGACGAGGGCCGCACAUUUCUACAGUGGUUGGGGGAUGCAGAGCUACGACUCAACAUGGAAGGUCGAUUACUGAUGGUUCAUCUCAUGUGCAAGGAUAUGGACAACAGCACCAACAUCUUCAUGCCUUGUGUAGCCUUCAGGGUUGCUGGUUCCCCAAUGGCAGUUGGAGCAGGUGUUAGAGAGGUGUCAUUCUCAGCCGACGCUCACGCAGUCUCCAACAGCGCUUCGUCCUCCAACCUCUCACCGUCAGAGUAUACAGCUAUAGCUACGUGUUCUGUCCUGCUGGGUCUGAUCUAUGUGUCGUCUGUCCUGUUGUACUUGCACAUGCGCCGCUCCAAGGCCCAGGCUCAAGCACAUGACAAACUACCAGAGGCGGGACAUCCUGGUGUGGGGGGAGAGGAGGGGGUGGUUAAGAACAAUCCCCUGCUGCAUCACUGUCACGAGAACAGCGGCUACAUCAGUGACGACAGCUGCUGCACAGAUGGUGAUGAGGAAAUAGCGGCUCUUCCAGAGGAGGAAAUGGUGACUCCACCACCAAAUGUGCAGGUGACAUGUGCCCUGGUACAUCCUUGCAGCCCGAUGGAAGAGGUGUACAGCUAUGAGCAUUCCACCCUCCACGAGUCCGCUCAUCAGGAGAGUGCCAUCGAGCGGUUACCUGAGGAGAACGUGAGCAUUGUAGAGACUCCUGAGGGACGGGAGGAUCGGCCAGAGACUGUGCGGGCCAUCGCAGCAUCCACCACUCGUCGUAAACUGUACUUCAACCCUGCCUAUUUUGAUCUGGAACUCUUGCUGGCACCUCCUCCAGCAGCUUUGGAAUUUCUGACCAAGAUCAGGGAAGUGAUUGCCAUUGCUAAACACAAAAUGGCAGCCAAGAGAUUUCUGCCAAGCUUGUUGGGUAUUCCUGAAGAAGUGGACUGCCUGCCACCGCAUGUUCGAGGAAGCUUCAGUGUCACUUCUGGCAGUGUUGUGUCAGUCCGUCGCCGGCGAGGAUGUGAAGGCUGUCCAGGGUGUGUAGACUCACUGAGACCCCAAAGUCCAGGAAACUGUAGUGCGUGCUACCCCACCAGCCCCGAGAACAAACAUCACAGCAUUCGUAAGUGGUUAGAGGAUGUACCUCUUGUCAAGCCUCCUUCGCUUCCAGAACCCUCAGCCCCAGUUGUUAAGGAAAUCCAUCAGAAGCCCAACAAACAUGGAACUUCAACCAAAGGAAAGGCUCCUGACAUCCCAAAACAUGCCCAGAACAAAAAACUUAAAGAGAAUGGAGAUGACAAGAACCAUUCAAAGGAGUCAUUGAAUAAAAGCCAAUCAUUAACAACCAGUGUUGAUGAAAUAAAUAAAAUAAAUAGUGAUUUGAAUCAAUCAUUGGCAUCCAAUCAAAAUUCAGAAGAUGAGAUGAGUGUGAAUCCGAUCCCUAUGAAGAUGGACAGCAGAAUAGAGGAAAGAAAAUUAAAUGAUAACUUUGACUCUCUACAUUCACCAGUUGAGGAAUCACUAAAUACAGAAGUUUGGAAUGAUUUAUUAUUCAAAUCAUCAUUACUAGAUGACACCUGUGCUAAAAUUCCAUCACCCCCACCACCAUCAGUGAGCAGCAGUAUGUCGAGAGAAAGAGGGAAGAUUAGUUCUGAGCCUUUGGAAGAGCCUCAAGUUCCUCAGAUAGCAAAACAGCUGAUGGAUGCUGUCAUAAAAGAAUUUGUUGAUCAAAGAUCAUUGGAACCAAAACCGAAUCCUCCAGUUAGAACUGAUUCUCUGCCUUCAAACAAAGAAAUCCCAACUUCAAUGGAGUAUGAGACUGACAGUCUAGACCGUACAUUGACUCGCCGGACUGAGGAACAUGAAGGGAUGCGGACACCUUCAGACUACGGAGAUGUCGAGAUUAGAACAAAUAGCAACACCAAUGGAUCUAAUCUUCCUAUGGAUGAAGAACUGACCAUGAGAAACACUGUGUUCAAUAUAAAAACAGGAAACACAACCAUAUCUAAAUUGAAACAUGACAGUGAAAUAAAGAAAGAUAAUGAUGAUGAUCAUGACUACGAAAUUAUACUUCUCAAUCCUGAUAAAAACAAGAAUAACAAAUUUAACUUACCUGAUAUAUUAUCUAGAGUAGAGGGGUAUAGUUUGGUAAGUGAGGUAUAUGUCAAUGAUGGUUACAGUUUUGGCAGCUCAUCAAGUAUCCACAGUAACAACUCAUCUUGUGCUUCAUUAACAAAUGAAAUAACUGAGCCAAAAAUAAAAUAUACUGCUGAUGAGCCAGGGCAUUUAACAAUUGAAGUAGAGGAUUCUCCUAGAAAUUAUGAACGAACUUAUGACUCUGAUUGUUUUGAGCCUGAUACUCUAGACAGGAAACCAAGCAAGUUCAAAAUCAAUAGUGAAGGUCAGUUUGAGUACCAACUGAAUCGAGAUACUUAUGCGGACUCUUUAGAGAGACCGACACAAAUAUCACUAAAGACAACAGGCAGUUUCAGAAGUGAUUCAUCUGUUUGUUGGUAUGACACAUCAAAUUUUUCCAAUAUAAUUGGUUCACCUCUCAACAGGACUUUUGGCAGUCUGCGAGAAAUCUUUGAGGCCAAGAAUCGAUACCAUCGCAAUGGUAAUGUCAGAUCAGAAACCUUAAGUCCAGUUGGAUCAACCCGUUCUUUGGAUACAGACUGCUAUAGCACAAUGUCAUUAAAAAGAGGUAAGCCUAAAAUUCUUAGGCCCGAAGCUAAGCAAGCGAAACGACAAAGACAGCCUUCUCCUCCCGAGUACUUACCACCAAGACCUCCUAAGGCAAUUUACACAAACGAGUUUAUCAUUCCAAAAAAGGGAGCAUUUUUUGGAAAUGACAGUCCUCCCCUACCUCCUAGAGACAACAAGCCUCCUCUGCCUCCAAAAAACGGACAAGUCAGAAGCAUUAGUCAACGGGCCGUAGCCAACAAUUCUCCUGUUACACACCUUUCCCCUGCGACCCGUGGCGUUCGGGCUUCUGCUUCUGGCCACAGCCCUACCACCUCUGAUUAUGAAGCCGUAGAAAUACAAACAAAGAAUCUAGGACGCCGAUUAGAAAUAUCCUUACAGAAAGAACUGCAAAAGAAAUUUGAAGCUCAAGAUCAAAAGAGUAAAAAUGGAAGUGCAGCAGUAAAGAGUGCUCGAGGUAAAAGAAACAUAAACUUUAUUCGCAAAACGCAACGUGUACCAAAAGUUCCUCAUCGCACAGAAGACUCAGGUUACCUCAGCAGUGACUCAAAUGGCUCAAGUUGUCAGAAACGAGACGAAAGUCUGAGUGAGACUGAUGAAUCUCUUUGUGAUGGUGCUAGUGAGUCAGGUGGUGAAAGUAUAGCAACAGAUUCUUUCUUCUUCGGAAAAUUCCACAAACUCUCACUGGCCGACUCCGUGGAUAGUGGAAUGUGCAACAGUGUCGGACCUGGUUCGGUACUCAGUGAUUCGGACAGUAACAUAAGUUUUGUUACAGUACUACCAAUGGAGAUAGGCAGGACAAGCCACGUUCUAGUAAGACACUAAGUCAGAAUAGCUCAAUUUAAUGUAGAUUAUAAUUUCAUAGUUGCCAAACUGUACUAUAUGUUUAUAAAAUGUACAGUUAAGAUAAACUAGGCUGGGUCGUGCAAUUACAUAUACCCAUUAAGGUGCUUGGGACUGGGGAACACUGUUUUGGGGAUUUGGCUUUUACAGAUGUUUUAAGAAAUGUCUUUCACAUGGGAGAGUAAAUGAAAUCUACUUUUGACUCUUGGUUACCUUUGUUUACCGACAAUAAAACCGAUUAAAUGUUGAAGGAUUAUAAAAUAAUACUCAAAAUUUAUGUUGAUUAGUUCUUGAAAACAUUUAAAAGUUUUUUUUGUUUAAAGUUUUAUAUUCAUAUAAAAAUUUCUUACUUCACUUAGGCCUAUUUUUUUAAUUUAGAAGAAACUUUCAUCAAUGAAAUACAAUGCAUUUAUUUUGAAUAUACUGUCUGUAAAAUUUGAAAGUUUAAAAUGUAGUCUUUGUCUUCUUUCCUUUUCAAGCUGGCAAUUACAUAUUAAUUAUGAUAUAAGUUGUAAAUUGUAAAAUUGAAUGUGAAUAUGUAAAUUUUUAAACUGAAAAAGCAAUUUGCAGUACAGCAUCACCAAUGAUUGUAUGAAAGUACGCAAGCAUCUUAGGCUAUGAGUAUUCCUUAAUAUUUUAUAUUGUUAAUUUAUUUUUAGAUGUAGUGUUGUUGUUUUUUUGUAAGAGUUAUUUUAUUUUACUGUUUAUUAUUUAUUUGUUAUUAUAGAGUAAUAUAUUUUGUUGAGUUUCUUGUUAAUAUUGUUAAGUUUGACAGAUUGUCAGCUGCGGCUUCCUAGUACCUGUUGUUGUACAGUCUCUUACGUGCUUGGUUUUUCAACUUGUUUUUGUAAAAAUUUGAUCAUACUAGGUUUGUACCGAUUUCUUCAAAAACCCAAUUGAUCCUAUCAGAAAUAUAAUUUAAUAAGAUCCCAAGAAAGUUUAACAGUGUACAGUGAAGAAUAAUAAUGGAUGAUUAGCAUGCAGAUUUUAAAGUAUUUAGCAUUUACUUUCUAAAGUAUGUACAAAAGUGAAAAAUCUUAUUUUCUCAUUUCAUUCUUUAUAUGUUUAUCCUUAAACAGUUUUGUAGCAAGAUUAUUGAGGAAGAUUGCUGAAUUUUUAAGUAAUUUAUUUUCUUUCUGAAACAAAAUAUUCUGUAACUAACCAUUUUUAUCAGGAUGUUCUAAACAACAUGUAUUGUGUAUUAUAAUAAGGAAAUAUAAUAAUUUUACAGGAGUUUAUUAAGGAUUUUAAUAGUUUAUCUAAUUAAUUAUGUUAUGUAAGUACUAAUAUGUUUAGAUAAAAGUUGGUGUCAAAAUCGUAUAAUCAAUUUUAAGAUUAUAUAGUUUUAAUAAAAAUUUAAUUUUAUUACCCGAUUAUUUUAUAUAUUUCAAUUAUUUUAUUUGGCUUUUUUUACAUGUUCUUGAAUAAGGCCUUUUGUGAGAAUUGUGCAUUUCAGGCUAUUGAAGAUAAUAAAUAAUGAUUUUUUUCUGUUUACGUAU